AUGGAUAAAACUGUCAAUUACUCAGAAUUGUUUUCUCAAUUGUUAGAUAAUGAAGGAAAUUUCAACAAUUCCAUGCUUACAUUCUUAUAUUAUAUGUUUCCUAGGGACCUGUUCAUUCGAGCGCUAUCACUUCUUGAAUCCAAUGAUAUGAUGAUAUAUAUUCUGGAAGAGGCUAUAAAUAAUGACAACUCAGUAAUAGCAGAAGCUCAACGGACAGCUACAUUAGCUGAUGAAUCCAACAGUGCAAAAAAUACGAUUACAAGUACAAACACUACCGAAGAUGAUAAACAAGGUGCUGUUCCACCAUUGAACGCCACGAUACCCAUAGUAACUGAUUCAUUGGGGGAAAACAAUCCGGGUGAAAUCGAAUAUAUGAAUGGAUUGUUGAAGGAUAUAUACAAUGAUGAUGAUUAUCAAUUAUUAUAUCGAUUAAUUGUUAAAUCUGAUAACGAACCGCCGAUCUAUGUUGAUUUGAAGGAUUGGACAUGUUCCUGUUCUGAAUAUUGCGAACUCUUCUCUCAUGAAAUAUUUUCUAAUGAAGGAGAAAAGAAGGAUGUAGAUUCUGCGAUUCAAGAUCUAUUGGUUACUGAAAUUGAUGAUAUUGAAGAAUUUAAAGAUGAUCGAAUUGGACAAUUGGAUGCGCAUAGUUUCUCUAAACAACAAUAUUUCAAGAUUGAUAAAAUUAUGUGUUCGCAUUUAUUGGCUUAUUCUAUUUUAUUGCGUUCAUCUAUGGAUAUUUUAAAAUAUUUUGUUCAAAAGAAGUCCAAUGUGUUACUGUUUCGAAUAACCAAUAUUGAUGAAUGGUUAAAAUUGCAUAUAAAUAUUAUCGUAUAA